CCUUUCUCGAAUCCCGUGAUGGAGGUUCUGAAGGGUUUUGAUAUAUAAGAGAGGUGUAGUAUGUAGAAUUGAGGGUAGAGAUUCUAUGUCUAGAAGAGUUUUGCAAAGUGGAGUCCUCAGGUUCAGGAAUCAAACUAAGUAUUGCAAGAUCACCAGUAUCAAGUCAUUCAGACAUACAUUGAGCCCAAAAACUCAUAUCAAACACUUCGCUUCAACCACAACUCUGAACUCUCAGCACCACAAUCACCAACCACCUACCAUGCUCCCACUACUCACUCUCGAAGAGCACUACGUCUCCACCUCCCUAGCAUCCGCCCCCGACGGAAUCUCCUCCCACAUGCCCCUCCCCCCUCACCUAAGCGCCAAACUGCUCUCCCUCUCCACAGAACGCAUCACCGACAUGGACACCUCCUGCGUCGCCCUGCAAGUGCUCUCCCACGCCCCGCUCGACACAACCUCCGUCCUCUGCACGCAAACCAACAACGAACUCCACGCCUCCAUCUCCCAAAACCCCUCCCGCUUCGCUGCCUUCGCGCUGCUCCCCAUGGGCGAACCCGAAGCUGCUGCCAAGGAAUUAGAGCGUUGUGUCAAAGAGCUCGGUUUCGUGGGCGCGUUGGUGAAUAACCAUAUGCAAGGCCGGUACUACGACGACGCCUUCUUCUGGCCCGUGUUCGCGAAGGCCGAGGCGUUGGAUGUCCCGAUCUAUAUCCACCCAGCCUUUGCAGCGGAGGAGAUGAUGCCGCAUUUCCAGGGAAACUACGAUAGUGGUGUAGCCGGGGCGUUGAGUGCGUAUGGGUGGGGAUGGCAUGUUGAUACCGCGUUGACGUUUUUGCGUCUCUAUUGCGCGGGCUUGUUUGAUCGGUUUCCCAGGCUGAAGAUCGUGAUUGGGCAUAUGGGCGAAUUGCUCCCGUUCCAGUACGAGAGGUUGUUGGGGGUGAGCGAGCGCAUGUUUGGGAGGAAGGAGAGGGGGUUGGAUGUGGUGUGGGAUGAGAAUCUGUGGGUGACGACGAGUGGGAUGUUUAGUUUGAGUGCGUUGGAGUGUUUGUUGAAGAGCAAGAGGAAGAGUAGGGAAAAAGUGUUGUUCAGUAUCGAUUAUCCGUUUUCGGGGAAUGAGAAGGGGAGAAGGUUUGUGGAGGAGAUUGAGGAGAGUGGGUUGUUGGGUGGGGAGGAGUUGAGGGCUUUUGCGUAUGGGAAUGCGGAGAAGUUGUUGAAGUUGAAAUUGAAGGUUUAGGAGGAUAGGCAAGGACGAGCUGGGCAAUAUCAUUUCAUGAUGAAAUCAAACUCCGCUCUUACGAUCUGACUUAAGUAUGGCGUGCGCCUCGUGUACUUAACCCCUGAUCCGUUGUGCAUUGACUGGAGGUCCCUUUCCCACUUUGGGGUUCGUCACAAGAUUAAAUCGAGGGGUUUAAGCCCAAUUUUCUGGAGUUUUUGUUUCCAUCUGGUUCUAGGAUGUGGAUGUAUGUUGUGGUUGGGUUUUUGAGGGCUUGUAUUUUUUUGAAGCAUCGCGACUUUUUGCUAAGCGAGGAGUAAUGAAAGGACAGUUUGAUCAGAUGAGAU